CACAUCUAUGCGCAGCAUUACAGGCUAAAUGUUAUUGCGAUCUGAGAUGAUAGAUCGUUCCAGUUAUUCUCUCUCAUAUCUAAAUGAUAGGCAAUGAAUGUGGGCUGGUCCCUCUGCGCUCAACGCUCAACACCCGGAUGUGUGCGGCACUUCGACUGCAUAGUAGAAUAGCUGGAUGCAGAUAAUAGACUAUUUGAUGGGAAUCAGAUCGCGGAUUACGACAAAAAAUGAAAUCAACUGAAUCAGUGCCGUUUUGGAAUCACUGACAGAAUGGAGGACGAUCUGGUUUCAGAGGAUGAUAUCUUGCUCCGGUCUGAGAAGGAAUUCCACGAUGCAGCGAAGAGGAACGACACGGACAAAAUGCGGGAGCUGAUAAAGAAAGGAGUGGACAUCAAGGCCAAAAACAAAUUUGGUAUGAAUGCUCUGCUGCUAGCAGCCUGGUUCGGUCGCCUCAACAUCCUACAGAUCCUCGUGGCCUCUGGAGCAAAGCUCAACUCUGAAAACAAAAAUGGGCUGGGUCUGCUGCACUGUGCCGCCCAGCGGGGUCAUAGCAGAGUGCUGGAGUUCAUCAUGGAGGACCUAGUAGAGGAUGUACUGCUGGACAGGGUGGACAAUUCUGGGAAGACAGCGUUUCACCUGGCUGCAGAACAUGGACAACUAGAGGUGGUUGAGUUCCUCAUCGGUAUGGGCUGCACUCACGGCCUCAAGGAUAAGGAUGAAAACAUGGCCAUCCAUCUAGCAGCCAAGCAUGGACAUAAAGAGGUCCUGCAUAAGUUAGUUGAGACAGGAGUGGACAUUGACGAGAGAAACAUAGACGGACUGACACCUCUGCACCUGUCCUCUGACGGAGGUCACUAUGAAUGUGUCAAACUACUGCUGGAGGCCUGCUGUAAUGUCAACGCGCUGACAAACAAGAAUAUGAAUGCCCUCCACUACGUGGCCCAGCACGGCUUAGAGAGGGAGACCAGUCUGCUGCUGCAGGCGGGCAUCAACACAGACACGGUGGAUGGCCAACACACAUCCCCUCUUCACAUCGCCGUGCUCCACAAUCACACUGAGGUGGUACGGCUGCUAAUAGACGCUGAAUGUGACCUGGACAUAUCUGACAAUAGGCUCCAGACAGCCCUGCACAUCGCAGCAGAGCAUGGAAGACAGGACAUCGCUGAGAUGAUCCUCAUAGCUGGGGUUAACCUCAAACUACUGGAUAAGCAGGGGAAGACUUCUCUGGAGGUGGCAGCCAGAGGAAACAAUGUCAUCUUAGUGGACAUGAUCAUCAAAGCAGACCGGUUUUACAAGUGGGAAAAGGACAACGUGAUCAGCGAUGGUGAUUCGUGGCUGGGGAAGCAGCUGAGCUUUAAGCAGGACCACCAGGUGGAGACCCAGCACCUGCGCUCUGUCACGUGGAGGCUGGCCACCAAAGACCUAUCCCGCGGGGAGUGGAAGAGCCUCGCACAGCACUGGGGCUUCACGGAUGCCCACAUACGCUCCAUAGAGCAGCAGUGGACAGGUACAAAGAGCUUCAAGGAGCAUGGGCACCGUAUGUUGCUGAUCUGGCUGCAUGGAGUAGUCAUCGCAGGGGAGAACCCAAUCAAAGGCCUGUAUGAGGGACUGGCGGGGAUCUCCAGGACCGACCUAGCUGAAAGCAUCAGACAGAAGGCAAAUGCAGAAACAAGCUCUCCCAAGAAAUGCACUGCCAUGUGAACAAGUCCAUCCUGAAACACACUGAUAUACUGCAGGAAUAAAUGCCCAUUCCAGGGUUCAAAACUAAAAAUAGUGUCUGAAUAAAGUUAACACACUGAACAGAAAUAUAAAUGCAACAUGUAAAGUGUUGGUCCCAUGUUUAAUGACCUGAAAUAAAUUAUCCCAGAAAUGUUCCAUACGCACAAAAAGCUUAUUUCUCUCAAAUUUUGUGCACAAAUUUGUUUACAUCCCUGUUAGUGAGCAUUUCUCCUUUGCCAAGAUAAUCCAUCUGCCUGACAGGUGUGGCAUAUCAAGAAGCUGAUUAAACAGCAUGAUCAUUACACAGGUGUACCUUGUGCUGGGAACGAUAAAAGGCCACUCCAAAAUGUGCAGAUUUGUCACACAACACAAUGCCACAGAUGUCUCAUGUUUUGAGGCAGUGUGAAAUUGGAAUGCUGACUGCAUGAAUGUCCACCAGAGCUUUUGCCAGAGAAUUUAAUGUCCAUAAGCCUCCAAAGUCAUUUGAGAGAAUUUGGCAGUACGUCCAACCGGCCUCACAACCACAGACCACAUGUAUGGCGUUGUGUGAGCGAGCCGUUUGCUGGUGCCAACGUUGUGAACAGGAAGCCCCAUGGUGGCGGUGGGGUUAUGGUAUGGGCAGGUAUAAGCUACAGACAACGAACACAAUUGCAUUUUUUCGAUGGCAAUUUGAAUGCACAGAGAUACCGUGACAAGAUCCUGAGGCCCAUUGUCAUGCCAUUCAUCCGCCGCCAUCACCUCAUGUUUCAUCAUGAUAAUACACGGCCCCAUGUCGCAAGGAUCUAUACACAAUUCCUGGAAGCUGAACAUUUCCCAGUUCUUUCAUGGCCUGAAUACUCUCCAGGCAUGUCACCCAUUGAGCAUGUUUGGGAUGCUCUGGAUCGACGUGUAUGACAGUGUGUUCCAGUUCCCGCCAAUAACCAGCAACUUCGCACAGCCAUUAAAGAGGAGUGGGACAACAACAACAUCAACAUCAACACCUUAUCAAUUCUAUGUGAAGGAGAUUUGUCGCGCUGCAUGAGGCAAAUGGUGGUGAAACCAGACACUGACUGGUUUUCUGAUCCAAGGUAUCUGCAUAUCUGUAUUCCCAGUCAUGUGAAAUCCAUAGAUUAGAACCGAAUUCAUUCAUUUCAAUUGACUUUUUUCCUUAUAUAAACUGUAACUCAGUAAAUCUUUGAAAUUGUUGCAUGUUGCGUUUAUAUUUUUGUUCUGUAUAUAUUUAAUGCUUAUGGAGGCACCCAUGUUAAUACACUGCUCAAAGAAAUAAAGGGAACACUAAAAUAACACAUCCUAGAUCUGAAUGAAUGAAAUAUUCUUAUUAAAUACUUUUUUCUUUACAUAGUUGAAUGUGCUGACAACAAAAUCACACAAAAAUGAUCAAUGGAAAUCAAAUGUAUUAACCCAUGGAGGUCUGGAUUUGGAGUCACACUCAACAUUAAAGUGGAAAACCACACUACAGGCUGAUCCAACUUUGAUGUAAUGUCCUUAAAACAAGUCAAAAUGAGGCUCAGUAGUGUGUGUGGCCUCCACGUGCCUGUAUGACCUCCCUACAACGCCUGGGCAUGCUCCUGAUGAGGUAGCAGAUGGUCUCCUGAGGGAUCUCCUCCCAGACCUGGACUAAAGCAUCCGCCAACUCCUGGACAGUCUGUGGUGCAACUGGUGGAUGGAGCGAGACAUGAUGUCCCAGAUGUGCUCAAUUGGAUUCAGGUCUGUGGAACGGGCGGGCCAGUCCAUAGCAUCAAUGCCUUCCUCUUGCAGGAACUGCUGACACACUCCAGCCACAUGAGGUCUAGCAUUGUCUUGCAUUAGGAGGAACCCAGGGCCAACCGCACCAGCAUAUGGUCUUACAAGGGGUCUGAGGAUCUCAUCUCGGUACCUAAUGGCAGUCAGGCUACCUCUGGCGAGCACAUGGAGGGCUGUGCGGCCCCCCAAAGAAAUGCCACCCCACACCAUGACUGACCCACUGCCAAACCGGUCAUGCUGGAGGAUGUUGCAGGCAGCAGAACGUUCUCCACGGCGUCUCCAGACUCUGUCACGUCUGUCACAUGUGCUCAUGUGCUCAGUGUGAACCUGCUUUCAUCUGUGAAGAGCACAGGGCGCCAGUGGCGAAUUUGCCAAUCUUGGUGUUCUCUGGCAAAUGCCAAACGUCCUGCACGGUGUUGGGCUGUAAGCACAACCCCCACCUGUGGAUGUCGGGCCCUCAUACCACCCUCAUGGAGUCUGUUUCUGACCGUUUGAGCAGACACAUGCACAUUUGUGGCCUGCUGGAGGUCAUUUUGCAGGGCUCUGGCAGUGCUCCACCUGCUCCUCCUUGCACAAAGGCGGAGGUAGCGGUCCUGCUGCUGGGUUGUUGCCCUCCUACGGCCUCCUCCACGUCUCCUGAUGUACUGGCCUGUCUCCUGGUAGCGCCUCCAUGCUCUGGACACUACGCUGACAGACACAGCAAACCUUCUUGCCACAGCUCGCAUUGAUGUGCCAUCCUGGAUGAGCUGCACUACCUGAGCCACUUGUGUGGGUUGUAGACUCCGUCUCAUGCUACCACUAGAGUGAAAGCACCGCCAGCAUUCAAAAGUGACCAAAAUAUCAGCCAGGAAGCAUAGGAACUGAGAAGUGGUCUGUGGUCACCACCUGCAAAACCACUCCUUUAUUGGAGGUGUCUUGCUAAUUGCCUAUAAUUUCCACCUUUUGUCUAUUCCAUUUGAACAACAGCAUGGGAAAUUUAUUGUCAAUCAGUGUUGCUUCCUAAGUGGACAGUUUGAGUUCACAGAAGUGUGAUUGACUUGGAGUUACAUUGUGUUGUUUAAGUGUUCCCUUUAUCUUUUUGAGCAGUGUAUAUCUAAUAUUUUAUGGUGCCCAGCAACCUGUAAUUCGAACCCUGGAUCAGUCAAGGAUCCAUGUUUGUCAUACAGAGAACUCUAGCAGUCAGUGUUUUUCUCUGAGUUCAACUGAAUUAAAUGUUAAGAGUUUUUUUGUGUGUGGGGGGGUGCACUGUAAAUGUGUACAAUUGUUGCUCUACUGGUGCAGGUGCAAUAAAAAUAAAUGUUCUACUGAGCCAUUAUAUUUUAAUAUUCAAGGCAAGGUCUAACUAUCUAGGCACCAUGCAUUUAACCACUUGUUGUUUAGCCGAAAAGGCAAAGAGGGCAUAAUAAAUUAACAAUCACUAGCUUUUUCAUGCCUGAAAAGAAAACAAAUAUUCUACUAUUUAAUUUUUUUAAUUUUUUCAUACCUGAGAAGUAGAAAAUAUUUUCUCCCUACAUCUGCCAUAGUAAUUUAAUGCUUUUUUCAAUGUUUUACUAGCGAUAGACCACUUGUUUUAUAAUGCUUUCAGCUGUGUUGUGAAGUAUUCCACAUUGCUCUCUUCUGUACCGGACUGCAAUGCCAACUCAGUCUACUAAAUUACAACUGUUCAUGACUAUGCAGCUCAAUAACUAAAAUCAAUAACUAAAUCUACCACAUGGUAGAUUUUUACCAUAAAAUGCCAUACAUAUUGUGUAAAGAUCUAUUUUUAACAAAUGCUUAACUGUUUUCUAUUUUCUUGUAUUGAUGGACAAUGCACUGGAAUGGACUGUUAUUUAGUUGAUCACUGUUUGGCUUGUACAUUUAAGUCAAUUAAACAAUUGAUGAUCAACAA